CGCAUUUUUCGGUGAUUGGGGACCGCUGUCAUAACCUCUCACUCACCCGCUCUGUGCUUGCGCGAAAGAUUCGCGGGGCAAAAAAAUAAUAAUCCUGGGACACUUGAACUCGAAGGCGUUUUUGUUCGAGAGCGCACACGUCGGGCGUUGGAUGGGGAAAAGAGCUAACUUAAUACAGGCAGUACCAAUCACAGCUGGUGUAUACCUGAACGAGAGAAUCGCUCCAUACACCAAUCAAUAUAAUCGGGAUUCUGAUAAUGAAGCGCUGGGAGCUUUGAGCGUUCUUCUACCUCGUGUGUUCCAUCCUCGUCCCGGUGCGCUAAAAACUCCCCGAUGUCAAGAAAGACCGGCAAAAGGCCAAGAAGUUGGUAGGGAAAAGGUAUGGGGAAUGACCUUUUCGUGCAAGAUCGUGUUUUUUUUCCUCUUGUGUGUUUACCUAGAUUCUAGUCGUGGGUGGAAUGGGUCCGAUGCAAUCUACCGCCUUAUGUGAUCUUGCAACAUCACUCGACAUCUAUUCUACGGUUUCCCAUCUCUUCUCACACCUCCCUUCACGCUGUCUUGGUAUUUUGUCUCAAUGUCAAAGCUCUAUGUAUCUCAUAUUGAGAAGGGAAUAUCUCUGCCCUUUCCGCUAAGUCUACCCCGGGAAAGUCUGCCAGGGGGGGUCUAGAAGAGUGGAGGAUGUCGUUGGGCUUAGGCGUAAAGAGAGGAACGGUCAGCUAUAUCACAAAGGAUGUACUAGUACAGUACUAGGUGAGCCUAUUAUUUACAGUAAAAAAAAAUCUCGAGUGAUAUGGCUGCCUGCUCUGUCAUUCAGGUU